AUCCACACGUCUUUGUGAUGUAGUAGGAAAUCAGAGCACUCAAUCGCAGGACUCGGCAGAGAGUGGUUCAGACAGCCCAGCGCAUCUGUAGAUGUGAACUUCCCACUAUUCAGGACAUUUAUAAAGACAGGAACUGCAGGCUGAAAUUGAAUUUAUCCAACUGGGAAUUAGGAAGAGAGACACUCAAAUUGCAACAUCAAAGUCUGAGAAGGAACUUUUACACAGAAAUCUUUAUUCAGCACAAGCAACAGGAGUAUAAGAAAUGCAAGAGAACACUUGAGAAAGAAUUCAGGAGACAAGUGUGACAUGUUGCACUUUGUGAGGACAAACUAUGGUAGGUCUUACAAGGUGAGUGUAGGGCACUGAGGAGUGUGGUAGAAAAGAGGGAUAUGGGAAUAGAAAUACAUAAUUCUUUGAAAAUGGCAUCAUGAGUAGAUAGGGUUGUAAAGAAAGCUUUUGGCAUAUUGGCUUCAUAAAUCAAAGUAUUGAGUACAGGAGUUGGGAUGUUAUUGUUGAAGUUGUAUAUGACAUUGACAAGGCCUAAUUUGGAGUAUUGUGGAAGUUUACAAGGAUGGUGCCAGGACUUGAGUUAUAGGGAAAGGUUGACUGGUUAGGACUUCAUACACUGGAGUGUAGAAGAAUGAAGGGAAGAAUUGAGAAGCAUACAAAAUUAUGAGGGGUACAGAUAGGGUAAAUGCAAGCAGGCUUUUUCCACAAAGGUUAUGUGAGACUAGAACUAGUGGUCAGGGUUAAGGGUGAAAGGUGAAAUAUUAAAGGGGGUCAGUCAGAGAGUGGUGAGAGUGUAGAACAAAUGUUAGUUGGACUAACUGGUGGAUGUGAGUUCAAUUCCAACAAUAAAGUGAAAUUUAGAUAGGUACGAGGAUGGAGGCAUAUGGAGGGCUAUGGUCCAAGGGCAGGUCAACAGGACUAAGCAGAUUAAUGGUUAAGCAUGGACUAGGUGGGCCAAAAGGCUAGUUUCUGUGCUGUAGUGUUUUAUGACUCCGUUAAAGCACUACAAUUUAUUUUAACAUUUUAAGAUUAAUGGCAGCUGUAAAUAAUGUAACUUACAUACCAUAGAUUGUCACAAACCACCUUAACAUUAGAAAUCUACAAUGAGUUGUUAAGGGCCUUAUUUUCUACAUAAAUGUCAGUUAUUACAUUAGCUCUCAACCGGUAAAUUUGUCAUUUUAACUUUGCCUUUCCAUCUAUAGGAAAGAGAAGUGACAGGCUGCCUUUCUGCAAUAUGUAUUUAAGUUGUUUUUGUGUUCUAAAGUAAAACUUCUUUUGCUCAGAAACAAUCAGAUUGAGGAAAAGAUUGGCAGUAUUUUCACACCUAAAGUCUUUCACCCUUCAUCCCAAGCAAAGAGUUUUAGUAAUCGCUUGCUAUUGAAAUGCAUUAAGACUAAAAAUAUAACUGAUAUAGAGUCUAGUUCCAGAGAGAAGAGAUUGUUGAUAGAGGAGAUGGUCCAAAUGAAGAAACAAAAGCAAAUUGCUAAUCAGGAUAUUGCUUAUAAGGAGUCUGAACUGGUGAAAAUCAAACAGGAACUGGAAAGGACAAAUGCUGCAGCAAAAGAUGGAAAACAUCAAGUCUGGUUGCUAGAGAAACAGCUUAAUCAGCAUGCUGAGAAGCACCAAGCAGCGGAAGUUCAGCUUGAACAAAAGAAGCUGGAAUUGUUAAAGGCCCAAGUUGCCCUUCAUCAGUGUGAAGAGGAAUACUACACUAGUACUUUGUCCAUGCAAGACCACAUUGCAAGAGAUCUCCGAAAUGAAAUCAGCAGUCUGCAGCAGAAGCUGAGGGAGCAAGAGGUAUUAGCAGAAGAAGAAAAGUUUCUCAGAAAUAAAGAGGCUGAUGACUGUAGCCGCUUGACAAAAGAAAAUGCCAUUUUGCACUCUCAGGUGAUGGAACUAACACAGGAUAUGGAGAGGGCUCAAGCAGCUAGAGAUGAGAAGAAUUCCCAGCAUUCGAAUAGCAUCACACAAUUAACGUCUCUAAAAGAGAAUGAACGACAACUUGAAUUGGAAAUAGCCUUUUUAAAAAGAGUUAUUGAGAAAGAGGAGAAGAAGGUUAUCAGUGCCAUGGAGCAGCUUCGACAUCUGGAGCAAGGGAAUAGCUCUGCAGCACUGAACAGGCAAUCACUUCAGAACCAGCUAGUUACAUUGGAGAAACAACAUUCCAGUACCCAGCUGGAAAUCUCCCAUCACAAAAGAGAGAAAAACAGUUUAGUCGAACACAUCUCUGAAUUACAUAAACAGAUCUCUGAAAAAGAUGCUGAACUUCUUCGAAUGAAAGGAUACAUCCAUACACUAACUCAGGACCUGGGUGUCCUGAAAUCACAACUCAAGAUGGAAAGUUCUCUUCGGUCAAAAAGUUGCAAGGAAAUUUCUAGCAUUGUUGACACCAUGCAACAAGUCGCAAAUACUAUAAACGGAAAGAAUGAUAAGAUCACUUCAAUUCUUCCCUAAUUUUCAAAAUGAUGCAUGUUAUUUUAAGGCUCGUGUAUUUACUCCAAAAUGUUCAGGUUUUUAAAUUGGCAUGGGGCAUAGAAGUUUUCAACCUUUAAUUAAAAUUAAAAGAAAAUAAAACCAGACAGGGUAACAUGAUAAUUUUUAAUGUUUUAAAUAUUACAUGUAUGGCUAUUCUCUUUUCGCUGACAUAAUUUUUGGUAUUUGUUUACAAAGCCCUAGAUUGCAAAAAUAAAAGCAAGUACAAAUAUUCUAAGUUCAGAAUUUUAUCACUUUUGUUAAUUUGCACCUCAUGACGGCUCUAUCUCAAAUAUUUUUCUAUCUUCUCCUCCAUAUCAUCAAUUCUAUUCUUCACUGCUUGAGUUUAUCUGGCAGUUGAGCAUUUUACAUCUACAAACUAAACAAUAUAGGAGGGUAGCUUUUGGCUAGUCACUCAUCUACACAUCUUAGUACUCAUUAGAAUGGGAUUGAAAAUUUAUGACCAAAAGCCUUUGCUAUCCUAACACUUACUUGACAGUUUAUGCAAUCACAUUGUAUAUCUUCAGCAAUGAUUACUGUGUUAUUUAAUACCUUGUGUCUUGUUAUCAGAUAUGAUAGGCUUUCUAGGUCUAAUAGAAAAAUUGAAAAUUUGGGGGUUAAGAACUGUUACUCCCUUCCACCUGUUUAAAAUUAGCCAGUCUGUUACCUUAGGGAACAUUUGCAAUGCCUUCCAGGAUGGAUACUGCUUCAAAAAUUGAUUUAAUAUUCCUACCAUAUUUUGUUUCCUGUUAUUAAUUUAUCUCUAGAUGUCCCAACCCCCACUUUCCUAUUUAUACAUCCAUAGAAACCUUUACAUACAAGAUUUCCCACCAAAGCAAUUUUUUCUUUUAUCAUCAGCUUUUUAGACUUACACUGCUGAAUCCAAAAAACUUUCCAGUGUUGUGGCCUACUACCAGCCCAUGAAACUUCGUAUUUUCAACUUUUCAAUUUAAUAUUAUCCUUGACCUCCUUUGUUUACAACAGAUUGUGCCUCUUUCUCACAGACUUUUUUAAAAAUUGGAAUAAUUUCCUGCGAAGUGUUACAGACUAGCUAGUUGAACUGACUUGUCUCUUAAGCUUAUUUUCCAAUUCCACUUCAACUUCACCUUCAGGUCAUUAUACCUGCUCUUAUUAAAUUGAGUUUAGUUUUGAUUUUGUGAUGUUCAUCAACUGCAUAAAACAUCAAAAAAGAAUCAGAACAUUGUGCCUUACUAAACCGCUUCCUCUGACAAAAUGUCCAUAUCUCUCCAUUCUCUGCACAUUUGUGUGCCUAUUUAAGGCCUCUUAAGCACCUGUCAUAUUUGCCUUCUCUACCAACCCCAUGGCAACGCACUUCCAGUCACCCACCACUUGUAAAAGAAAACCUUGCACUGCACUUCUCUUUUGAAUCCCUUUCAGCUUAAAUGUAUGACCUCCAGUAUUUGCUAUUUCAAUCAUGGUAAGAAUAUGCCAACUGCCUGCCUAUGCCUCUCAUAAUCUUAUACACUUGUAACAAGUCUCCACCACAACCUCUGCUACUCCUGAGAAAACAAUCCCAAGUUUGUCCAACAUUUGUCUAUCACAUGCCUUCUAAUCCAGGCAGCAUCCUUCCUAUAGUGGGACAAGCAGAACUGGAUGUAUUGUAGAUGGAUAUAUUGUAGAUGUGAUCUAACCAGAUGUUUUAAAGCUGCAACAUAACUUACUGGCUCCACAAAUAAAGGCAAGUAUGAAUACGUCUUCUCUAUCACACUAUCAACUUGUACAAACACUGUUAGAGAGCUACGGACUUGGACCACAAGAUCCCUCUAUACAUCAACACUGUUAGUGCCCUGCCUUUAGAUUUGAUCUUGCAAAGUGCAAAAUCUGACAAUUGGUCAGAUCGUACUCCAUCUUCUAUUUCUCCACCCUUUGUUCCAGCCAGUUCUUUUGGAACAUUGUAUAGCCUAGUCCUGGUCACCCUGCAACAUCUCUAUAAUAGCAACUUAGGAAUUUGAUCUAAAAGCUAUCUGUACUGUCAAGACACAUUUUAUUGCAAAUGCUAUCUGUAUUCAAAUAAAGACAUUUCAGUUUACAUUUUCUGCGCAUUUAAAACCUAGUUAAAAAGUUGUUACUCUAUACCCUCCCAAAGUUUCUACAUUUCAACAUCCAUCUCUUAGAAACAUUGAAAACCUAGUUUCUUAUUUACAAAACUGAGAUAACACGACUUCAACUGCAUAUUAAGGUCACUAUUCUAUCUAAUAAAAAAAAGACACAAAGUCUUACAAACAGUAAUAUUUGGAAUUCUCUGCCACAGGAAGCAGUGGAGGCCAAGUUGCUACACAUUUUCAAUAUAAGUAUUUCUUAAUGCUGUGGAUCAGCAAAUAUAAGGGGCAGAACGGAUUACUACUGUUGAUGAUGUUUCUAAUAAAUGUGAAUAAUCUAAGAGCUGUUAAGUUAGUAGACAUAUACCUCGCAGUAAAGCAGCCAGCAAAUUCAAAGACCCCACCCAGCCCAGACAUUCUCAAUUCUCUCCAUUCCCCUCAGGCAGAUGAUACAAAUAUUUGAAAGCACAUACCACUAGGCUUGCAUCCCAUUAUCAGACUCCUGAAUAGACCUCUUGUACUAUAAAAUGGAAGUCUGGUCUCACAAUCUACUUUACACUAUAAUUUACAGAUGCAAGUAAAAGUUUGUGAACCCUUUGUGAUUUCCUGCUUUUCUGCAUUAAUUACUCAUAAAAUGUGGUCUGAUCUUAAGUCACAAUAGACAAACCCAAUCUGCCUAAUCUAAUAACAUACAAACUAUUGUACUUUUCAUGUCUUUAUUGAACACAUUGUUUAAUCAUACGCAGUCCAGGGUGGAAAAAGUACAGUAUGUGUAUUUAAUAACUGGUAGAACCUCCCUUAGCACCAAUAACCUCCACCAAAUGGAGAGGAGAAAUUUUAGAAAGUUCCUUCAUACAGACUGUUUCAGUUCAUCAAUAUAGUUCAAGGAUACCUUGCAUAAAUUGCCCUCUUCAGGUCAUGCCACUGCAUCUCAAUUAGUCCAGCCUCUGACUUGGCCAUUCCCGUUCAAAAAUGUUCUUUUUAAACUAUUAAUGUUGAUUUACUCUUGUGUUUUGGAUCAUUGUCUUGUUGCAUCAUCCAACUUCUAUUAAGCUUCAGUUGAUGGACUGGUACCCUGACUUUCUCCUGUAAAAUGUCUUAAUACAAUUUUGAAUUCAUUGUUCCCUCUACGAUUGCAGGCCCUGGGGCAGUGAAGCAGCCCCAAACCAUGACUCUAAUUCCAUCGUGCUUCAGUAAGAAUGAGGUUUUGGUGUUGAUGUGCAGUGCCCCUCUUCCUCCAAAUAUAGUAGUGUGCAUUUCUGCCAAAAAGUUAAACUUUUGUCUCAUCUGUCCAUAAAACAUCGUGGAACAUCAAAGUGGCCUUUUGCAAACUUGAGAUGUGCAGCAAUUUUUUUUGGAGAGUAGUGGUUUUCUUGAAUGAACUAUUCUUGUUCAGUGUUCUUAUAGCAGACACAAGAAGAGACUUCAGCAAGUUCUAGAGAUUUAUGCAGGUCUUUGCAGGAUACCCACUCCUAGGGAGAGUAGCAAGAACAUGGAAUACCACCAUUUUAGACAGUUUCCCUUACUAUGAUCUGAUGAACAAUCAGGUCUUUAGAAAUGCUUUUGUAGCCUUCAUCCAUCCUUACAAUUCUUCCAAGGACCUCUGAAAGUUGUUUUGAGACAUGGUGCACAUACAGACCUUUCUUGAGAAGAGCAGGUUCUGUCAGUAACCUUUGUGUGUCUUUUUUUAAAUAUAGGACAGGGCACCUCUACAACCCAUACCAUCAAUCUCAUCUUGUUGAUUGGAACAACUGACUCCAAACUGUUUUUGUUUUUAAAGAAGACAUGACCCCAGAGGUUCACAUCCUUCUUUUGAACCUAGAAUGAGACUGUUUAAAUGGUGUACUCAAAAUUGAUAAGUACAUUUGUUUGUAUGUUAUUAGAUUAGGCAGAUUGUGUUUGUCUAUUAUUGUGACUUAGAUGAAGAUCAGACCACAUUUUAUGAGUAGUUAAUGCAGAAAACCAGGUAAUUGCCAAGGGUUCACAAACUUUUUCUUGCAAUUGUACCUGCACUGCACUUUCUUUGGUAGCUUUUACAUUUUAAUCUGCACUUACCGGUUUACCUUAUUGUAGUUCAGUGUACUGUGUAAUAAUCUGAUCUAUAUGAAAAGCAUGCAAGACAAUCUUUCCACUGCAUCUCGGUACACAUGACAGUAAUGAACCACUAGAACGAUUUUUUUUUUUGAUUAAAUAAAGGCUAAGAAGCAAUUUGAAAUUUUUAAAAAUGUUGGUGAGUUUUAAAGCAUAUGUGGUGACACUGACAGGGCAAUUUUGCCAAUCCUUGUCAGAACUAGAUUUAUGUUUUGUGUAAAAAUAAGUUUACGCAUAUAUUAAUGAAUGAGAGUAAAUAGGAAAGUACUUUCAUCUGGGAAGAAAAUUUGAGAUGAUCAAUUUACAGCUUUAAACCUAUAACAUGAAAAUGAGGAAAGGAUUUUUAACUUCUCUCUCCACUCAAUUUUCCAACAUGGCAUAUUUUGCACAAAGGCAUAAAAGUAGCUAGCAGGAUGCACUUUUUAAAAAGUCAAUACUUAAAAGUAGAUGUAGAUACAAAUCUAUAGAACAUGGCACUAGAAUAAGAUUUUUAUUGUUCUAUUAGUGUCAGAACUAGUAACCCUGUGCUAGUUUUUUUAUAUGCUGUAGAUCUGUAUGGUUGCUUUUUCAAUUCCAGUUUUCUUUAUGUGAAAGAAGCCAUUUCCUUUUCCAUUGACUUACACAAGGUAACUAUUAUAUAUUUAUCUUGAAUUAUCUGGUUUACAAUUAAUAUUCACUCCCGCUCCUACAUCUGUCACUGUGAAUGUGACUUCACAGUGCUUUCAAAUAAAAAUAUCCCAUUUUGUCUUCUGUCCAUCUGUUCCACAGCAGGACCAAUGCAGGCACUGUAAAUGAUUUUUUAGUCUGAACAAGUUCUUCAUGCCUGGGGUAAAGUCAACUAUAUGGACAAAAAGUAUGCUGGUUUUCUGAAAUAACAUUACAAUUCAAAUUUGUAAUUGCAUUAUUGCAAACUGAAAUUCUUCCAGGAACCAACACAAUAGAACAUUUUAAAAUGUGAUUGUUUAUUUCUCCCUUGCAUUUCUUAAGAAAACUUCAACUCUAAUAUAAUAACCUGUGUAUUUAUUAACACAGCUAAAGAACCUUGUUACAAAAAGGUAAUUUUAUUGUCCGUUUCAAAACUUGCAAGUAGCCUGAGUAUAAAUAACCAAGAACUCCAUACUAAUGGCCUGAAUUUGGGCUCAACUCCUGGAAAUUUGUCCUGUUUAUGGGUAGGGCCAGAUCCGGAACAAUAUUUUCAAAUUGACAUGGUAAAACCAACUCAAUAUAGACAAUUCUCCAUUACAUUAACUUAACAGCUCAAUGUUUCACUACCAACAUUACCAUCCAACACCACCUCAACCUGUCUUUUCACCAUUGACUAGAAUGAGCAUUUGAAAUUUUGGAUAGAGAUUCUUUAUCAAAAUGCUUUUCUUGUCUAGUCAGGAAAUGGUAUCCAAAAUAAGAAUGCUGGCGUAUUUUGCCUUUCUGAAAAUCAGAUUGACUAUACACAUUUGAUACAUCCAUUAUCCAGUCAUAUUUUAAUGUGAUUUCAGUACUGACCUUACGAUUCAUUGUUCUACACAUAUUCCCAUUCUUCUGAGUACUUCCACCCACUGCCCCACUCAUUCAUACCUUUAAAUUGCACUUGUUAUCCUUCAACACAAAUAUAUGGCUUCAACCGCUCCUUGCUCAUAAUGUACACUUGCAGGUAUCAAGCAUAAAUUCUAUUAGUAUGAAAUAAAUGAAACAAAGCAGAAAAUAAACAACCGCAUAUUGCAGAACAUUGAACAACCUCCAUUUAUAUAGCACCUUUAAAACAGCAAAUUAAUCCCAAGGCACUUGGUGGAACUUAUCAAGCUAAAAACCGAUGAUGGUAGUAAGGCACACAAGAACAAUGUGGUAGAUGAUCAAAAACAUACUCAAGUGGGAGUAUGUCUUUAAGGAGCAUUUUAAAAAGAUGGAAGUUGGUCAAGACUUGAAAAUAUUUAAGUAGGGACUUCUGAAAUUUAAGGCCAUGGCAGCUGAAAGUACAGGGACCAUAGUUGAGUAUGAAGAAGGAAAUAUUUUUUUAAAAAUUCACUUGAACAUACCCAACCCUUCUUACUAAUAUUGCUAAAAUUUAAGCUUAAAGAUCAACUCUGUUCCCAGAACAUGAUUUAAUACAUUCUCAGAAUCAGCCACUUCAAUACAUGAGACACACUAAUUGUCUGCAUUGACAGUGGAAAUCACAAAUUCAACACAGCUCUGAUUAAAAUCACGUUCUUAUUCAAUGGUGAAACAUGAAAGUGUGAUUAAAGAUCCAAAAUAUCAAAACAAAUCAUUCAACAUUUGUGUUGAGUUUAGUACAAGUAUAGCACCAGCUUAGACAAGCAAAAAUAGUCACCAAUAGUUAAGUCUUUACAAAAAGAAUUUACAGUUUACUGCAUACAAUCUACAAACUGAUCAUUUAUCAAAUUUACAUAUUAAAUCACAUCAAAUCUAAAAGAAAAUUAGUAAUAAGAAAAAAAUGAAUGUGCAACACAGAACCAUUUUUCAUUAUUUAAAGUGAAUUUUUUUUUUAUCUCAUAUCCAUAAUUCAUGUAUUUGUAGUUACCCUGAGGCCUUUGGAGAAACAUGAGAAGGUUUGGAGAAAAGGAAUUAACUUAUUUACUCAAAAUAAUCUUUUUAAAGAAAGUCCAGGCUUUAGUACAACUUAUUUAAUACACAGAACACUCCUGGGCUUUAACUUCAAUUUUAACAUUCCACUUCAAAAGUUAAAGGAGGUUUCAAACUAAAUGUUUAGUCUUAUCUGAGUUCAGCCAUUAAUUACUCAGACAUACUCUUCCAUCUGGCUGUAUAAGGCUAUGUACUUCUGGCUACAAGCAAGUAUAUCUUCUAGUUAUGUGUUUAGAUUUGUAUGAAGAAAAUCAGAUUAAGAAAAAUGUUUUUACACACACUGUAACAUCAUAACUUUCAAGUGUCACAGUGGAAUUCACAGAAAGUGAAUCACUAAUACUAUACUAACUGUUAGGCAGCAUUUGUUCAUAAAUUAAUUCCACAAACAACAUUGAGAUGACCAAUUUUUAAAAAUGUUAUUGGGUGCAGAAGGAAUGAUCACAGAAGCUGAUAGAACCCCUCGUAUUUAUUUGACUAGUAUCAUAGAAUAUUUAACAUGAUUUUAAAUGGACAAUUUCUCCAUUUCCCAGUUUCCCCCAACCUUUAUCUGUUUUUUACAACACCACUUUGGUCUACUUCCUGAGGUUUAACUUAUUAACAAAAUCAAGAGAAAAUGACUUUGGUUUAAUCACGAGCAAAAUGCAAAGUUAAGAUGCUGAAGUUGCAUUAGUCUGUAACUGAAAUAAUAUAGUGCAAGAACAAUAUUCAGCAGACCUCAGUGUAUUGAAUAUUGAUUUAGAGCUUGGAGUUUCUUUAACAAGUUCCAAAAUUAGAAACACACAACUUAUUAAUUAACAUUUUCCAAAGGAAAAAUAUUUCCAUAAUUUCUACAUACAAGCAAAGAGAAACAAAGAAUCUGCCUUGGUAACGUGUCGCAUACAUAAUAACAAUUUUUUUCUUCUGUUCAGUGCUUCAAAACUACAGAGUUAGGUACAAAAAGCAACUAAGAAUGUGUACAUGGUGCCACAUAUUUUGACACUCACGAGAAAAAGAAAUGUUAUACUGUUGAUCUGGGCUUUGAAAAUUAACAUGCAUAGUUCUCAGUCAGUGUUUACAGAAAAACAAUCCUUAGGUACUACAGCAGUACAGCAAGAUUAAAACCUCCAAUAGGCAAUUAUGUAGAUGUUAAUGCAUACAACUGUUUUGAAUUCAGGCAAUGGAUUUUAUUUUCUAUUGAUCUCUAUACUGAAUUGAAAAAUUCAUCUUCUGGGUUACUGCUACCACUACCAGUGUGUAAUGAAACCUAUAGUGUUUGUUGUGAAGGUAGCAAUACAAUGCUAAUUUUAGGUAUCUGAAGUACAGUUGGGUUUUCCAUUAAAAUUACUAUUGUUCCUUCUUCCUGGCUCAACGCACACACAUUCGAAUGAUUUUAUCCCUUAACCAUGCCAGAAAAUGAGGAUACAGUUAAAUUAGGGCUUCCAUUUAACAGUGGAUGUUUUCGCUUCAAGCCAACAAAUUACACAUUCACUAUUGGGCUUUUGAUCCCAAAUUCAUUUGUAAAUCACUUUUGCAAAGAAAAUCCUCUGCCCUUAACUAUAAAGUAACUUCAAAACAAAACACAAAUGUUUGAGGACCAUUAAUCUCUCAAGAAUGAAUGUUUUUCUUAACUGAGCUGCAAUCACUCUAAUAGGAAAAUAUAUAGUUGCUACAGUGUAUAUAUAUUAUUUGUAUAAAGUAUUUAAAAAAAAUUAAUUUGAACUUGUGUUAUGCUGCAUCAGUUGAAGGUGAUGCAUAUCCAGAAGCUCCUCCUACCUUACAGAAAUGGCUCCCAAGUCAAUUCUUAAGUGACUUAAUAUCAUUUAUUAUAACUUAAUAUCAACAUAUUGGUGCCCUUACACAAUUUCCCCCCUUCUCUUUUGGUACAAAAAAAUUCCAUUAUUGCAGAACAGCACAUUUGGUCUACACACC